GUAGUGACCGCGAUCGACAAUAAUUUCUUAAAAACCUGUACAGGUUUGGUAGGUUGACCGGUAAAGGUGCUUAAUCGAUUUAUAUUAAUACAGCGUCUUGUUAAAAUACAUAAUAUGCCUACAGGGUGCUAUAGACAAGACGUCUACGUCUCGGGUCUGUCCUACACGAGCGGUCGCGUGAGUUGCGCGUGCCUACUGUUGACAUGGAGCAGUACACUGCUAUCUGUAUCUGCCGCAUCAGAUUACCCCAGCCAUUGGAUGAUACAGAGAGCGUGCCUCAGGAUUCCACAACUUAUACGAUGAUGCGUAGAGGUUAGGUGUUGUUUGAAAACUUGUGGAACCAAGUGUUGGGUAAUAGUAAUAUAACAGCAUCGUGUAGCUAACACAUGCAAAUGAACUAAUUUGAUUUGAAGAAUCUAUUGUGCUAUGGGCACAUGCUUGAGUGCGUGUCCGAGGUUCGCACGCCACUACGCCGACACCUGACCGAUUGGCCUAUAGUAGAAGACUUCGAAAACAGACAGCAUUGCCCCUUUAAUUUACAAGAUAGGAGGACAUGCGCAGUGUGUACCUGAGAGUAAUAAUAAGUUCCCACAGCGUGUACGAUGGAGUAAAAAAUUUGUGAUCAUCGCAAAAGAUGCAAAAGGAUUUAAAUUAUUUGUACCGUGGAAAAUUUACUUCCCAGAAGGAUGUUAAUGGAGCCAUUUUAUGUAAAUUUUAAGCGUACAGGAUUUGCCAAGUUUUGUGUCUGUAGGAAUGGUUUUUGGCGAUUCCUUGGAAUCUGUAUGUGUGAUUUUGCUCCGGAAUGCUUCUCCAAGCCAGGUAUGUUUAAUGGUUAGCAGGGAGAGAAUCUUCCCACGGUCACAUUUUGGUAGGAAAAACUAUGAUCCUUUCCAGUUUAUUGGUUUUUCUGGCAAUCUUGGGAAUUUCAACAGGUUCUGGUUACUUUGAAAUUCAAAUUACAACUAUCCGGAAUCCCAGAGGAGAGGUAUUGGAUGGAGAGUGUUGUGACGGGGAAAGGGAUGCAGGCAAUAAGUGUGUAGAAGAAUGCGAUACGUUCUUCCGUGUUUGUCUCAAGGAAUAUCAGAGCAGGGUCACGGUCGAUGGCCACUGUACUUUUGGAAAUGUUACAAGCCAGGUUUUUGGAGGAAAUACCUUUACCUACCCUUUGGAUAGUAGCCGAACCCGACUAACACUACCUUUUGAGUUUUCCUGGACGAGAUCCUACACCCUUAUCUUAGAGGCUUGGGACCAGGAUACCAUGUCAUACGACGGUCAAAUUAUCGAGCGUGCUGCACAUUCGGGCAUCAUUCUUCCUGGACAGGACUGGCACACGAUCACGCACAACGGGCCGACGGCAGGUCUGAUCUACAGGAUACGCGUAGUUUGUGACGAACACUACUACAACACAACAUGUACCAAAUUCUGCCGUCCCCGCAAUGACAAGAUCGGACAUUAUAAUUGUGAUCAGAAUGGGGAUAAGGUGUGCAUUGAUGGCUGGAUAGGGCCAGAUUGUGAGGAGGCCCUAUGUCGCACCGGCUGUAGUCAUGGAUCAUGUGACACUCCUGGGGAAUGCAAGUGUAUGUAUGGGUGGCAGGGCCCCUUGUGUGACCAGUGUAAAUCUUACCCCGGCUGUGAACAUGGAUCCUGUAAUGGCUCACCUUGGCAGUGUUUCUGUCAUGUCAACUGGGGCGGCAUCCUCUGUAACAAAGACCUGAACUACUGCGGCCGCCACCACCCCUGUAAGAACAGUGGCAUCUGUAAGAACACUGCUCCAGACAACUAUGACUGUACCUGUCUUAGUGGCUUCUCAGGGGUCAACUGUGAAAUAGCGGAGCAUGCUUGUACAUCUGACCCCUGUUCCCAGGGAGGACAAUGUAUUGAUGUGACCGGUGGCUUUGUCUGUAAUUGUCUGCCAGGCUGGACUGGUGUCCUGUGUGACUCGAACAUUAAUGAGUGUGCAUCAGACCCAUGUCAGCAAGGAGGGACCUGCCUGGACAGAAUCAACAAGUACGAAUGUCUGUGUCCACCGGGCUGGAAGGGGCCGCAAUGUCAGUUGGAUGGGGAUGAAUGUAGCGGAAGUCCCUGUGUGAACGCCUUCUCCUGCCAGGACCUGGUGGGCGACUAUAUCUGUGACUGUCAGCCCGGCUGGACCGGCAAGAACUGUGAGACAGAUAUAGUGGAUUGCCAUCAUCAGUGUCAGAAUGGAGCUCACUGUGUGGAUCUGGUAAACAGCUAUCAUUGCGCUUGUUUACCGGGGUACACCGGCCGCCACUGUGAGUGGGAUAUCGACGAAUGUGAAAGCAGUCCCUGUCAGAAUAGUGCCAUCUGUCAUGAUCAGGUUGCAGGCUACACCUGCGAGUGUGCUCUCGGCUUCACCGGCUUUAACUGUCAGGUUGAUAUUGACCCCUGCUACCCUAGUCCCUGUGAGAAUGGAGCCAGCUGUUUUAAUGUACAAGGAGACUACUAUUGUCACUGUCAUGAUGGCUGGGAGGGCAAGAAUUGUCACAAGGUCAAACCCACCUGUGACUCAAGGUCAUGCCAAGUGAUUGACAGCUGUACAAUAGCUAUCCCCUCCAACAGUAGUCGUGGCGGCGUGCAGCUCAUCUCCUCCAACGUGUGUGGUAAACAUGGCAUGUGCAUCAGCCAACCUAACGGCGAGUUCACCUGCGCAUGUGACCUUGGCUUCACUGGAACCUACUGUCAUGAGAACAUUAAUGACUGUUUGAGUAACCCCUGUCAGAAUGGAGGGACAUGUAUAGACAUGGUCAGUUCCUACCAGUGUAUAUGUAAGGAGGGCUGGGAGGGCGCCCUCUGUAACCUGAAUAAGGAUGAGUGUGACCCAAACCCGUGUAGAAAUAACGGCUUCUGUAUUGAUGUGGUGGCUGACUUUGUGUGUCAGUGCUCCGCGGGCUGGAAAGGCAAAACAUGCACACUGCAACACAGUCAGUGUGAGGUCACCACCUGUACCAAUGGGGGAAGCUGUAUCGACCUUGGUGACACUUUCACAUGUAAAUGUGGUGCCGACUACAUUGGCCGCACCUGUCAGAGACUUGCUAAACGAGCAUGCGACUUGUUACCAUGUGACAAUGGAGGGACGUGUGUCAACAGUGGGGACAGUUUCACCUGUAUCUGUAAGGAAGGCUUCGAGGGAUCCACCUGUCAGUACAAUAUCAACGACUGCAACCCAUUCCCUUGUUACAAUGGAGGGAAGUGUCUGGAUGGGGUCAACUGGUACAGGUGUCGGUGUGCCCAGGGUUUCGCUGGACCUGACUGUCGUGUCAAUAUAAACGAGUGUGCGUCUAGUCCUUGUACAUAUGGCAGUACGUGUAUUGAUGGUAUUGGGGAGUACAAAUGUAUUUGUCCCCCGGGAAGGACCGGGCCUAAAUGUGCUGAGGUGGAGGGUCAGACUCCAUCUCCACAGUCUUGUAUCUUUAACCGUGGUAUUUACCCCGACAAGUCGUCCUGGGAACAUGAGUGUAACAUGUGUACGUGUGACAACGGAGCUGUCCACUGCAGCAAGAUCUGGUGUGGACCUAAAAACUGCCUGUCCCACCCGAAUCUAACGGAAAGUGUAGUGCACUGUGGGCUGACCCAGACCUGUGUGGUACAGACGGACGACAUCUGCUUCACCCCACCCUGUCUACCCUGGGGUCAGUGUAAAGAUGUAGACAAGAUCAAGGACCCCGCCCCCCAGGGCGUUCAGACCACCUGCAUUCCAAACGCAGCACAGCUCAGCAACACUUGUGCAAAGAUAGCAUUAAUAUUCGACAAAUCAAAAAUGCCAUCGGGUAUCACUGUGGAGACGAUAUGUGACAAGCUGCGACAGAUACCAACCAUUCAGAAGCUAGGCAAGGAGAAGCUUAUUUACAUAAUGUGUGCUAUCCAAACGGGACAUCCAGACACCAUUGAGGUGUUGCUGUCCACGGAACACACAGUGAAGACAGGUAAUUCACAGAUGGACCGAGUGUUGAAACAUGCCCUGGACAAUCUUACCAACACCAUCAGUCACAAGCUGACCAAUAGCAGUGCUCUGGCUGCCAUCAUAGAGGUCCAAAUAGAGACCGCAGUCAUUAAGGAGAAAGGAGUUCUAGGGUCAACCUACAUUAUUCCUGCGGUGUGCUCAGUGAUCGGCCUUCUAGGUGUUGUCACAAUCAUUUGCCUUGUUGUGUUCCAUUUCAAGAGACAGCGAGCAAUAGAACGCACAAAACGAGAGGCAAAAUAUGUUGCUCAAAAGACUAAUAACGAAAAUGAAGUGAAUCUUCGUCGCUACAGGAAUCCCCUGUUUGCUGGAACAGACAAGGGUGGAGGGACAAAGGACUUGUCCUUCACAGAGCUACAAGAGUUAGAUUUAGAUAAAAUAGAAAAAAGUCCAACGCGGCUGUUACGCCUGCAGGACUCCCCUAAUGACUCCAAUGAUUGGAAGAAAACUAGUCCCAUACAAAAAACAAAGACAAAAGACAUUAAUAUAGAGCUGUCUAGGACACGGUCACUAGCUGUGAGGGCUGCCACUGAGCGAGACUUGGCCGAGAUACAUAGAACUUUUGGUGCAGAUUUAAGUUCAGAAAGUGAAGUAAUGGUGUGACAUACCUUACAUGGACAAUAGUGAUCUCCCUUGACUAGAUACUCUGACUAGGUGGCGCCCCGCGCCAUGAAGUGUUUACUAGAUUCAGUUGGUGCAGAGAUGAAGUGUAUAGAAACUUCAUGUGUUGAUGUUUGUGGAAUUAUUCUGUCAAUGUUGUCAGAUAUAGUGUAGUUCACAUACACUCCAAGUGCUGUGUAGAAAUUUUCACGAGGAAAUUUCACAGAAAGUGCUCAAAAAGGAAUGAAUCUAAAGAUGUGAAACUGAAUGGUUACAAGCAUAGAGGUGAAGGGGAUUUUUGCUAGGAAAAGCUUAACUCAGGAAAAUGUCAAAUAAACUCUACCAAACUACACCAGGUGUGACCCUCCCAAGAGGAGGUUACCCUCGCCAGGAGCAAUAUCCCCAGUUACCAUCCAUCCAUUUAACUUCAUUGUGUUGAGAAUCGGAGUCAUUGAAAACCAAUUGAUGAACCCUUAUGUAUUUUUUUACAAAAAAAAUGUCCAAGUUUUCUACAACAUAAAGUGUCUAUACGCACAGGAGGGAUGUUGUGGUUCAUCAUAUCGUCAUAACCAAUCACAUAGAUUCAUUUCCAUUGCACACAUCAAUGACUAUUUCAUUUAAAAGACACGCUCGACCAGAGAAUUGGAGAUCCAUCUCAUUUACCAACCAUUGGCUCAUUACCAUAUGAUCAAAGCAUUUGUAUAUUACUCAUCGGACGUAUCAUAGCAAUACCAUGCCAACCUUGUGUAAUCUUCCAGUGAGCGCCCACUUACACCAAUUAAUGCAGACCAUGGGGAUAGGACCGAACACUUAGCCUAGGGUUGAUUCUAAAUUUAUUUUAAUCUCCCUUUUUUACGUGGUUUAAUGUUACAUAUAUAUAUUUACAUCAUUUUGUAAUUCGAUAAUAAAAAUGUCUUCGUAUACAUUGAAUAAAAGUUGAUUACAGCCAUUAAUAAUCUGACUGAAAACCAUUUUAUUCGGUACAACAAAGAAUGUUUUUGUGGAGGAGGAUCUUAAGAUUGCAUGAGAAAAACUUUUUUGAUUUACCAUUAACGUCACAUUUCUUGUGUGAAGUGGAAUUCACUGGAAAAUUUGCUGUAAGAAAUCUGGUCUCUCAUUGGAAGAUUUGCUGUAUUAACACUGAUCUCUCACUGGAAGAUUUGCUGUAAGAAUGCUGAUCUCUAACUGGAAGAUUUGCUGUAAGAUGCUGAUCUCUCACUGGAAGAUUUGCAGUAAGAAAGCUGAUCUCUCACUGGAAGAUUUGCUGUAAGAUGCUGAUCUCUAACUGGAAGAUUUUCUGUAAGAAUGCUGAUCUCUAACUGGAAGAUUUGCUGUAAGAAUGCUGAUCUCUCACUGGAAGAUUUGCAGUAAGAAAACUGAUCUCUCACUGGAAGAUUUGCAGUAAGAAUGCUGAUCUCUCAUUGGAAGAUUUGCUGUAAGAAUGCUGAUCUCUAACUGGAAGAUUUGCAGUAAGAAAGCUGAUCUCUCAUUGGAAGAUUUGCUGUAAGAAUGCUGAUCUCUCACUGGAAGAUUUGCUGUAAGAAUGCUGAUCUUAAAUUAAAAGAUUUGCUGUAAGAAAGUGAUCUCUCAUUGGAGAUUUGCUGUAAGAAAGUGAUAUCUCACUGUUAGAUUUGCUGUAAGAAAGCUGAUCUCUCACUGGAAGAUUUGCUGUAAGAAAGCUGAUCUCUCACUGGAGAUUUGCUGUAAGAAAGCUGAUCUCUCACUGGAGAUUUGCUGUCAGAAAGUGAUCUCUCACUGGAAGAUCUACUGUAAGAUACUGAUCUCUCACUGGAAGAUUUGCUAUAAAAAUGCUGAUCUUUCAUUAAAAGAUUUGCUGUAAGAAGGCUGAUCUCUUUCUAGAAGAUCUGUACUAAUACUGAUCUUCUUACUUGACUUACACGAAAUCAAGGAUAAAUCUAAUGAUAUGAUUACAUGGCUGUAUUUUUUUUGUUAUUUAUUAUUGUAACUGUGUGUUGACAUCUAUUGACUAGUGCUGUGAAUUGUAACUUGUAAUCAUUUGAUAUGUAUAUAAUUUGUAUAUAUAUUAUCUAAUGUGCAUUUGAAAUUAUUUAAUGACAUUUCUAUGAAAAAAAAUUAAUUUAAUUUAUAAUUUAUAUGAGAGAAAGUUUUAUGAAAUUUUUUGGUGAGGAAAUUAUCCAAAUGUCACUGAUUAUGAUAAAUUCCAUAUAUGGUCACUUACUGAUCAUUCAUACCUUAUAUGGUCACGUACUUGAUCAUUCAAACCAUAUAUGGUCAUCAUGUCUAAAAUGUAUCAUUUGGCACACACAGCAAGUACCCAGCUAAACGAAUUCAAAGGUUCAGUUUUUAAUGUGAAAGCUAUUUUGUGUAAGCCAUGCAUAUCUAUGUACAGGUGUAUCUGCCAUUACAACACUGUCUCAAACUUAACCCAAAGACCAAAUCAAAGUCAUUUCAUCAUAUUCAUCAUCUCGUAAUAGAUUCGUGUAUAUGCUGUUACAGGAUUUAAAAGUAUCCAAGAGUCACGGAUUUUAUUUUUAAAACUGAUCUGUUUAGAAAUAUAAUCAAACCAGUUGGUCGUAGAGAUUAUUGUGUGAAUGGGUAUAAACUGUUCAGUGCAGCAGUGAUUUGAUCGCAGUAAACUGUUUUGUUAGGAUAUCUUUUUUUGUUUUAAACAAGUUAUCAUAGAGGUCAAUACUUGGAGAAGUAUUGUAAGAAAUAUAAUACAUUGACAACCCUAAAGGACUGGAAUAAUUCCAUCAUGUUCAAACAUUGACUUUGUAAAGUCUAGAUAUAUCUAUCUCUUAUGUACCUGUAAUUCAGUGAAAAAUGGAUUUUGUUUAUCGUUACGGUGCUGAAGAUAUGUGUGAUCAGAAUUAUUGUGAAUGUACAAUGGCAGAAACAUUAUAUACUGCACGCUGUUAAUGUGUUAAGUAGUAGACUAGGUUUUCAUGGCAUGUCUCUGAGAAAUUGGCAAAGAAAUGGUGGCACAAGUCAGUAUAUAUCUCCUUUUCUGAAAUAUUUGGCCAUAUUCAUGUACAAGUACACAGGAAAUAAGAGGAAUUAAUUCAACUUUUAUAAGAUGGCAUCAAACAAUAAUGUUUUGAUUAUGGCAUUAACACUUAUAUAUUGUUUAGACAUGCAUAAUCACUUAUUCUCAAAAUAAAAAAUACAUAAUGUAUUUGGUCCAAAGAUGAAAAUUCAUAGUUAUAAGUCCCUAAGUAAAAUGCUGUUUUUGUUUACACUGUUUGGCCUUGUACUGGUAUUGUACGGGGUAAGGGGUACUAAUGACUGUUGUUUUGCUGUCCUCCUUGCUAUGCGAGUCGUCUAUGUGUCAGUGUUAGCGACCUGUACUGCUGUUGUACAGUCGUGUAGUACAUUUUCUCAUACCACCAUUAUUCAUCAUUGAACAAGAGAGAUUCAAGUGUGAGGACAAGAAAGAGUGAAAGAGAGUGAUGAACAAAUGAUAUAAAUGUAAAAGUACAUUUUUUUUGAGAAUUAUUCUGUGUAUUGUCAUUACUUGAGCAUCCAAUAUCCUGUAUUGACAGGGAAUAAUGUGUUGGUGUAUUGUUUGAUCUCAAAGUCCCUGUACCAGACAUGAUGUAACUGGUGUGCAAUAUAGAACCUAUAGUCCAUGAAAAACAGCAUAGUCCACAAUAUAAAAUAUAUCAAUCUACAAUCGUUAAAUAUACCAGUCCCAAAUCAUAAAACACACCAGUCCCAAAUCAUAAAACACACCAGUCCCAAAUCAUAAAACACACCAGCCCACAAUCACACAACACACAAGCCCACAAUCAUAAAAAACACCAGCCCACAAUCAUAAAACACACCAGCCCAGUCAUAAAACACACCAGCCCAGUCAUAAAACACACCAACCCAGUCAUAAAACACACCAACCCACAAUACACCAGCCCACAAUCACAAAACACACCAGCCCACAAUCACACAACACACCAGUCCACAGU